AUGCCAGAAUACUGUGUGACAGGAGGUACUGGAUUCAUAGCAGCAUACCUCAUUAAAUCGUUGCUUGAACAAGGUCACACUGUUCGAACCACCGUCCGAGAUCCAGAAAAUGCUGAAAAAGUAAGGUACCUCUUGGAGCUGAAAGGAGCACGCAAUAGACUAAAGCUGAUGAAGGCAGAUCUCAUGGUAGAAGGAAGUUUUGACCAGGCUAUAGAUGGUGUUGAUGGGGUUUUCCACACCGCAUCCCCAGUGGUCGUUCCAUAUGAUAACAAUAAUUUGCAGGAAACAUUAAUUGAUCCAUGCAUAAAGGGUACCAUGAAUGUAAUGAACUCGUGCAAGAAAGCAAAGAGUGUAAAAAGGGUAGUGCUAACCUCAUCCUGCUCUGCAAUUAGAUACCGUUAUGACGUCCAACGAGAUUCUCCUCUUAAUGAAUCCCAUUGGAGUGAUACACAAUACUGCAAAGAAUACAACCUUUGGUACGCAUAUGCAAAGACAGUAGCAGAGAAAGAUGCAUGGAGAGUAGCGAAGGAAUGCGAGAUUGAUUUAGUUGUUGUAAACCCUGCUUACGUGGUCGGACCAUUGCUUGCACCACAGCCAACAAGUACACUUCAAAUGAUACUUGCUUAUAUAACAGGGGCAGUAGGGGAAUACCCGAACACUACGGUAGGAUUUGUGCACAUAGAUGACGUAGUGGCUGCUCAUAUUUUAGCAAUGGAAAAAAAAGGGGCGGCUGGCAGACUUAUAUGUUCAAGCACAGUGGCUCACUGGUCAGAGGUCCUUCAGAUGCUUAAAGCAAAAUACCCAUCUUAUAACUAUGCAAAAAAGUGUAGCAGCCGCAAAGGAGAUAACAACCCACAUAGUAUGGAUAGCAGCAAGAUAUUACAACUGGGAUUACCUCCAAUGAAAACGCUAGAGAAAAUGUUUGACGACUGCGUCGUAUGUUUCCAAAAGAAGGGGUUUCUAUGAGGCUCAUCAUAAUUAUUGGAGUGAGAACUUCCUGCAUGGUCAUACUGUUCCUGGUUUAUCUAGUCACAAAAACCUUUCUCGUUUGAUAUAAGAAGGCUUUUGUAACCUAGGAUAUAAA